AUGGGAAGUGGCGAUUGGAGAUUCGCUACUAACUCCUUUGCUGCUCAUGCUGGCGCGUCAGCUCUUGCCAGCGCAGUUCCCCUUCCCGGGGGAUCGUUGCCUCCUCCUUUCUCGUACGCGCGGGGAGCAGAAUUAGCAGCCGGAGGGGUGGGGGGAGGUGGGGGGGGAGAAGGAGGGGGAGGAGGGGGAAGGGGAGAGGAAGGGAGAGAAGGAGGGGGAGGGAGGGCGGGGGAGGUGGAUGAUUUGGCUGCGCGCGUGCGACUUGAGACAGCACUGGGGGACAAUCUCAUCAGGCAGGCGCUUGCUUUGCUGCAAGACGGGAGGGAUGGAGGAGAGGGGCUAGUAGUUGCAGGCGGGUUGGAUGGCGCAGGAGGGGCUGAGGGGGUGGGAGUAGGAGGGGCGAACGAGGAGGCAGCAGUAGGGAACCAGCAAGGAGGGGUUGCUUCUGGCUUGGCAGCUGUUGGGUACUCAAGGGCUGGUCUGAUAGGCCAUGGCGGAGAGUCAGACAGGAAGCGAGCAGCAGAGGAGGAGGGUCAAACCCUCAUCCCCCACAAGCGGCAGCGCGCACCUGCAAAACCAGCCGCCGCCGAAAUCCCUGCGGACGGCUGGGAGUGGCGCAAGUACGGGCAGAAAGCUACACUCGGGCAGCUGUACCCGCGGAGUUAUUUCCGGUGCGCGUUCCGGGGCGGCGGGCCCCCGUGCAUGGCCAAGAAAUGGGCUGAGAGGUGCAAUGAGAACCCGUCAAACUGGAGAAUUAAGUACAUGUCGGAGCAUAACCAUGCCAAGCCGCCGCCCCGGCCGGUUACGAUCACGAUAGUGCAUGAUGGCAUGGGCGUGGACUCGUGUGGAGGGGCGAUUGGAGCUGUAGGGUCACCGUUGCCGGCACUCAGUGGCACCUCCCCGCUUGCCCCGCCUGCCAAUCCUGGUUCUGGUGGUGCUGCUGCUGCUGCUGGUGCUGCCGCUGCUGGUGCUGCUGGUGGUGAUGCUGCUGCUGGUGGUAGUGCUGGUGGUGCGAUGGAAACAAAUGCUACUGCUGGUGGUCUGGUUGCUCAGGAGAUUGAGGUGCCUUCCCCUGGCAUGCUGGCGGAGAUGAAUGCUGAGAGGGGGAUGAUGGAGGAUAUCAGGGGGGAGCAUGCGGGUGAGGAGGAGGGAUGA